AAGAGGCUCAAAGGUUAACCCAACUAGAAAUGUUCCCGCCAGAAUUGGAUGUUUCAACAGUGCGAGAAUUAGAAGCAAGUUUAAAUAAUCAAACCAACUUAACCCCCGAAGAACAGCAACAGAGUGAUUAUUUAAGAAACUUACAGCAGAAUACUUUACGGAAUGCCGAGAAUAAUUAUCGGUCCAGGUAUGGUGCUUUAAAUGAAGAUGGCUCAGAUAAAGGAAAAGGGAUGGGCGGAGGAGUAAUUUUUCUACUGGCGAUUGGUGGCAUAGCAUUAGUGGCAGACAAAAAUAAGCCAAAAAAGUAUAUUUUAGCCAUGUUCCCUUACCCUUCGGGAAGUGGCUUACAUGUUGGUCAUAUCCGCAAUUACACCAUCGCCGAUGCCUUAGCCCGUUUUUACCGCUUAAAAGGAUAUAAUGUUCUAAUGCCUAUUGGUUGGGAUGCUUUUGGUUUACCAGCCGAACAAUAUGCUAUUCAAACUAAUAAUCACCCAGCCACUUUUACUCAAAAAAAUAUUGAAAACUUUAAACAACAAUUAUUGAGGUUAGCCGAAUAUAAAGAAAUACCAGUUUAUUGGUGUGAAAAAUUAGGCACGGUUUUAGCGAAUGAAGAAAUAAAAAAUGUAGAGAGCGAAAAGGUUUCUGAACUGCUAGACAAACAUUUAGUUGUUACAGUUUUCACCAAAAGUCCGCAAACCCUUUAUGGGGUAACUGCACUCGCUUUGUCAGUUAAUCAUCCUUUUGUUGACCAAAUUACUUCUUUUGAUAGGAAAUCCAAAGAUAAAGAAAGCAAAGAAAUAUGCGGAGAAUUUACCGGAAGUUAUUGUCAACAUCCUCUAACUAAUGAAAAAUUACCAAUUUGGGUAACUAACUUUGUGGUUGAUGAAUAUGGAACCGGAGCAGUAAUGAUUAAUGCUUUUGCUCUUGAAAUAUUUUCUUAUCAAGAAAUUCCGAAACUAGCCAGUGAAAAAGAAUUAAAACAAAACAGACAAAUUGAUUACGAUUUUGCCUCAAAGUAUAACUUACCAAUAAAAAAAAUCUUUCAAAUAAAUAAUCAGGAACAAAAGCCAACCGGUUAUUUCAUUAAUUCACCUCUAAUUAAUAAUUUAGAUGAUAAAGAAAAGGCUAUUGAGGUUAUUAACCAACAUUUAGAAAAAGAAAAAAAAGGACAAAUGGG